AUGAGUCUUUUGCACCGUGAUGUAGAGUCGGACAGCGAUGGGUUUAACACUGGAGAGUUUGACGAUAAUACCGUUUUAAUACGGCGCGCCGACGUCAGCGAUUUCAAUCCAGGUAACAUCCUGCCAGAGCCAGCGGCCGUGCUGGGCGACAUCACGAGUUGGCUCAAACCGACAGAAUACGACGACGAUGGCAGCGAGUAUCAAAAACACAUCUCCUUUCGCCUCCCGGGCACUGGCGAUUGGGUCUACUCCACCGAUGAAUACCGGCAAUGGCAUGACGGGCCAGACCCCGGCAUAUUCUGGGUUCGAGGCACCCCAGGAUCUGGAAAAUCAGUUCUCGCCGCUUCCCUGAUCAAGAAACUCUCCCAAGAGGAGUGCCCGGUGCUUUACUUCUUCUUCCGGCAUACUAUUGCCGCCAACAACAACCCCAGUGCAGCCGUUCGCGACUGGCUAGCUCAAGUCUUGAAGUUCAGCCCACCACUGCAGGUGGAGCUCAAGAAAUGCGUCCGAGAAGGCCAGGGCGAAGAAGUCAGCGUCGAGAAGCUAUCCAUUGCCGAAUUGUUUCAUCUACUCCGUACGGCAUUGUCGCAUCUGCCCAAGGCCUACAUCCUCGUCGAUGCCCUUGAUGAGAUGGACCAGGAUGCCCUGGAGUCUUUUCUGCAGCAUUUUUAUGAACUAGUCAAGUGGCAUCCUCUUGAGUUGAAGCUCUUCAUGACCAGCCGUCCGGUGGCAGUCGUCGAGAAGAUCGUCAGGAGCGUCAAAGUACUCGAUGUUCGGCUGCAUAAGCAACGUGUUGAGCCCGACAUUGUGGCCUAUGUCCAGCACCGACUUGCCGACUCGUCAAUCCCAGCCGAUAGCCUCUCUCGCAUCGCAAAGACCAUCAUGGACCGUUGUGAUGGCCUGUUUUUAUAUGCGAGGCUGGCCAUAGACCAUGUGUUGGAACGGCCUGACCAGGACCUGGACAAUAGCCUUCGAGCUAUCCCUGCCGGGCUAUCGAUCGUGUAUUCGAAUAUCCUUGAAGAACAGUCCGACAGAACCGACAUUCCAGUCGGGCUGCAACAGUUCGUCUUAGAGCUUGUCACGCAUGCGACUCGACCGCUGCGCCUACUGGAAAUCUCCGACCUCGCCAACGUCACUCGCGAUAUGGGAAACCUGGGCACAACCAAAAAUCUCAUCCGCUCCGUUUGCGGGCCUCUCCUUGAAAUUCUCCCGGAUGAGACUGUCCAUGUUGUCCAUCACUCUUUGACUGAAUUUUUGAAUGGGACGACCAGAAAUACAGGCCAGAGCACCUACCCCGUCUUUGAGCCUGGACCGACGCAUAACCGCCUGGCACUCCUGUGUAUCUCGUAUCUUCGAGCAGGAUGCCUGGAUAGUUACAAUAUCCAGCCGAAUGACUUCUUCCAUCGCGGACUUCAAAAUCGAUUCGACCAAGUGCUUCCCCCUUUCACGCGGUACGCAGCAUUGAACUGGCAUGUCCACUUUCGAAAGGCCAUACGAGCUGGCCAUGACCAGUCUGAGGUCAACAAACAGGCCCAUGCCAUGCUCGUGAACGAGAACCUGGAGAAGUUGGGAAUCCUAGCUGGGGCUAGCGAGACAUGUGGCUUUACACCCCUUGGCCUCGCAACAUUUUUCAAACUGACAAGCCUUGCCAGAGAGGUUCUGGACCACGAAAAGGCCAACUCCGAGGCCAACCAAAGCAUCAAAGAACCACCCUUUCGACAUGCCGCUGCAACCGGGGAUGUGGAGCUCGUCAAGCUCCUCCUUGAGUAUGGCGCAGAUCCAAGGGCGUAUGACGAAAGUGGCGAAAGUACUUUGCAUUUUGCUGUUCGUUACAAUCAACAUCAGGUCGUCAAGGCUUUGCUCGAUGCCAGUGUCGAUCCUUUGAUCCCUAGAGGAGAGGACAAACGACUGAUGGAGAAUGUAAUUGGGGAAGGACUGACCGACUCACCCACGGGCUCACCCGUCGAUUAUGCCGUCCGUGAAGGGGACCUUCAAAUGGUCUCAAUCUUUACCCCCCACCUCAAAACUGCCGAAGUGGCAAACUGGGCUCUCGAGCGAGCCGUCAUAAACCAGAGGCGGGAGAUCUUAGGGCACCUAUUAGAACACCCUAUGGUUCAUGUCAACUCCAAGCUCCGCUUUUGCACGCCUCUUUACACAGCGUGCGCAUACCGUGAUGCGGACUCCAUUAAUCUUCUUCUCAAGGCCGGUGCGGAUCCGAACAUCGUGCACAACAUAGAUUCUUGGACUGAAAGGAGUGAUGACGAAAUUGCAAAAACAGGCUACAAUGUUUUACAUGCGUUGGCUGGUUUCGGUGAGCCAAUGCCAUUGAAUCCUAUCAAGCGUAGCAAUGAUACGGAGACAAGACGAUGCUUCAGGUUGGUGCUCGAUGCUGGAGCUAAGCUCGACUUGGUCGACAUCAAGGGCUGCACUCCCUUGCACAUUGCUAGUGACGCCAUAGCCGUCGAAUGUUUACUUGACGCAGGUAUCGACCCCAACGUUACUAACCGGGCUGGAGAGACUCUGUUGCACACAACCAGAAGUGAGGACAUCCUGCGGAUUCUGGCACCGAGGGUAGACAUCAACGCCAAGUCACAGCUUUCUGGUGCUACCCCUCUCUUGGGUACACUGAAGGAGCGAUACAUUAAUAGUGACUUCAAGAUCAAAAAGGCCUCUCUACUAUUGGAACUUGGUGCCAACGCUGCUGCUGUCGAUGACGAAGGCAACGGAACGCUCCAUCAUAUAGCGGCCACAAAUCGACUUGGGCAACCCGGCCUCCUUCUUCUCCAGCAACUGCAUGCAAACGGAGCCGAUGCCAGUCUCAGGAAUAAUGAAGGGAAGACGCCUCUACACUGGUGUGUGCCCGGAACCGGGUCAGGGAAAUACGGAAUGCGCGAAGGCACGAUGGUGCUGGACGAGCUGAUAGCCUGUGGGGCAGACCUUGAGAUAAAGGACAACGAGGGCCAAACAGCCCUAUUCCAGAUGAUGAGCAGCAAUGAUGGAUACGGUGCAGAGGGAAAAAUCAAGCUUUGUGAGCAGAUGGUGGCGGGCGGUGCGCGGAUCGACACUAUGGACCUCGAGGGUAGGAAUCUCCUGCAUUGUGCGAUGGAGUCUUCGUGGUCUGGUGCCAGUCUUGUCCGUUUCUUGGUCUCUCAAGGCAUUGAUCCGCAUCAGACUGACAGCAGGGGCAACACGCUCUGGCAUCUAGCGGCUCCGAGGUUUGCAAAGGCACCGCCGGACUCCGCCAUGAUCUCAGAACUACGCGGUUUGGGAGUCAACCCUGUGAGGAAGAAUCACGACGGCCAGACUCCUCUUCACAUUGUCGCUAGGUUUCAUCCCUCUGCGUUCCGCUCGAGCAACAGCUUUUCCUCCAAUGGCAGGCCAACAAAUGCGGAUGAUGCUUGCUUUUUCGACACCUUCGUUAGCUUGUACAAGAACGUUGACUGCGUCGACAACGACGGCGUCACACCUCUGCAUGUGGCAUCGACCUUCUCGGAGUAUUUGACGCGCAGGCUGCUGGAAGAAGGUGCCGACCCACGGAAGAAGACAUUGGAGGGACUGACGCCACUGCACUUGGCUGCUAGGUCGAGGCAGACAAACACACUUGGCAUCUUGCUGGCCUGGCUCAAGGCCGAGGUGGACGAAGCGACAGCUCUAGAGCUACUCAACGCGUGUGACCGUAUGAAUAGGUCGGCUCUUUACUACGGCUGUGCCUCCGGCCGCGUCGAGACGGCGCAGAUGCUCUUAGAUGCCGGUGUUGUUGUUGAUACAGAUUCAUACGUCGGGUCUCCUUGGGAUGGCUGUAUCGCGCUUCAGGACGAAGAGGCUGCGAAGUGGCGGCGGAGUUCUGCUGGGAUUGAUCACUUAGACUCUGAGCCCGAUGGUGCUGGAGUCUUCAUCCCUGACACGAUGCGAACGAAACUUGACUUGGAGGGGACGGGCUUCCACAGGCGGUUUCCCUUCACUCAUGAGCGUCUCGACGAGAUCAUAGACCUUCUUGUCACUAAUGGAUCCGCCAGCGGAGCUCGCUACAUUGAUCAGGCUAUAUCAUCGGCAGUAGAGAAGCAGUUCGAUCACGCUACGGAAUGCCUGUUGCGCGCACGCGAACGUUUGGGCAGCAAGGAAGGGUACAAGCUCGACGACGAAACGUCUGCCCGCCUCUCGCAGAGGAACGACGCUCCAUUGCCCUCAGAUCUUCCGUACGGCGAGUCCCUAGUGAUUGUACUCAUGGGUCGUCGGCAAUAUUCCCUUGCUACCAGAGAGAUUCUUCAACAUGUUGAGUCCAUGUUGGGCGAGGACAAACUCCACAAGGACUAUUCGAUGCAUCACGGCACCAUACUGCACUGUCUCGUCGCGGGCGGCUUCGCAAGUAUUCUUGACCAAGUGGCUCGUCCUGAAGCUAUUCAGGCGAUAAGAGCUCGAGAGGAUAGCGGCCCGAUUCCGCUACUUGUAGAGGCGUGCCAGCGAGAGUGGUGGAACAUGGAUGUUGUUCGCCUGCUGGUCGAGACGAAAGGCGCUGACCCAAGUGCCACUGCGCUCGCCCUGCGUAAAUCCGGAUAUGGAUAUGGCCUCAAAGCCAGAGGUCCGACUGCACUACACAUACUUAUCCGAGGCGGACGCUGGUGGCAGACGAACGAGGCGCUCCCCUAUCUACUCAGGAAGGGAGCGGACGUGGAAGGGCGUGACGAACGUGGCAUCACACCGCUGGGCGCCGCACUGGAAGCAAUCAAUGGUCCACACUUCAAUAGAAAGACUGUCGAGAUGCUCUUGCAAUUCGGUGCCGAUCCGAAUGCUGUCGAUAACCGAGGCCAGACUUGCCUAUCCCGUGUUGGAGGCAACAUGGACAUCUAUCAGCUGCUCAUUCGCCACGGGGCAACCAUCUCCCCUUCUACCAUGGUGAGCGCCAUCAACCGUCAAGAUGUUACGCUUCUCGAGGCUCUACUCGCUAGUGGUGUGGACCCUAACUUGCGCAAACCCGGCAAGGAAGUUCCGGCAUGGGUGUCGCCAGAUGGACGAACCCUCAGGCCUCAUCGUUCAGAUCCCGGAGAGCCUCUAGAACAGUACCCUAUUGAGUUGCUCACCGCGAAGGAAGGCGACGACAAGAGAGACAAACGGGUGUCCGAAAAGAUGCUCAAGCUUCUCCUGGACCAUGGAGCGAAUCCGUCGGCACGAUAUGAAACGACGACAGUGAUGCAUCGACUUAUUCACCAGGGCCCGAUGAUUAGAGCUUAUCUCGAUGGCAAGAGCCAGCUCCUCAAGAUUUUGCUGCAGAAUCCGAACUUGGAUAUGGAAGCACGCGAAGAUGACUCUGGGAUGACUCUCCUCUUGUCCGCAUGCUCCAGAGGAAGGAUUUUUGUCCCCCCGACGCAAUCAGAGAAGCCGACGUUAAUUCAGCUGCUUCUCGAGGCGGGAGCCAACGUCCGAGCGAGGGACAACAAGGGCAGAACUGCCUUGCACAUUCUCCUUGCAGCCGAUUCAUAUCUCCGCACACAUAAGAAUCCAGAUGUCAGCCGUAUCAUCGCAGCAGCUCCAGAGCUAGUCCAUGUUGCGGACAAUGAGGGUAGAACGCCGUUGCACGCCGCCUUCCACCAAAAUAUAGACACCAGGCAUGUGUACGAGUUGAUCGAGGCCGGGGCAAACGUUCAAGCCUCGGUGAAGUCGACGGGCGACACGUUAUUGCAUUUGCUAUUCCAACAAACGUGGGUCAUAGGCUUAGAUGGAGAGGUGAAGGUGGGCAGAAAGAUCUACUACGACCCAGAGCCAGUCUGUGAUGCGGCUGUCAUCAAACAUGAAAAGCAGGAUAAUCUUUUCCGUGGUCUCCUCGCUAUGGACGUAGACGUGAAUGCCCAGAACAACCAAGGAGAGACGCCGAUAUUCACUUUCCUCCGGGACGCCGAGGUGUUCGCCAGGGUGACGGACAAUAACGAGAUCCGCCGGGAUUCUGCGCAACCUAUAGCACACGACAGAUUUAGAAAGGAACUGUACAGAAAGCAGGCGGCGGUUGAGCGGGAAUACCUCAUCUGGCAGCUCUUCGACGACGUAGGUUUGGACUGGACAGUAACGAACUGCAAAGGAGAGACGCUGCUGCAUGUCGUCGCGGCGUCAAAGAUGGACCCGAACACGCGAGUGAAGCGCUUUGAGUUUCUGGUUGGAAAGGGUCUUGAUCCUAUGCAAGAGAAUAGAGACCACCAUACGCCGCUGGAUGUUGCGGCGGCUCUGGAGUGUGAUGACAUUCUGGCACUCUUUAGAACUUGAGUAUACUAAUAUCUAUAUCUGGCUUCUAAAUUAACUUUCGCUAGCGGU